AUGAGGGCCGAGAAGAUUAGCAAACGUGACCCUGUCAAGGUUCGCCGGGACAUUCUAGAUGCGCCCAUCAUCAGCUCGCCUGUGCCGGCCGGAAGGCAAGCAAAGGGCGUCGAUGAGUGGGACUUUCUCCCACCCCUGCCUGAGAUCAUCGAUGCCGUGAACCAAUUUACCAGACUCUAUUUCCAGCUGGGCUUCAUACCCAAGCAGUUGUUUCCAGAGCGCCUGAAGAAAGACCACCGUUCCGUCAGUGUCUUCCUUCUUCUCAGCAUCUUGAGCAUAUCAGCACGUUUCACGCCGUCAAUCGUCCUACGCUAUGGCGACGGCAUGAAAGCGGCCGACAUAUUCAUGGAGCGGGCAUCUGUUGUUGCUUUAUCGGAACUGUACCGCGAGCCUAGCUUGGAGAGAUGUCAAGCUUUCUACCUUUUGAGUAUUGCUCAGCAAGGCAGUGGAUGGAAAAACAGGAGCUUUAUCAACCUGGGUAUCGCAAUGCGUAUGGCUGGAUUGAUGCGUCUGCAUAGAGAAGAGACGUAUGCGCUCAAAAGCCCAACCAAGGAGCUGAUUGUUCGGGCAGAGUCCGCCCGCCGAACUUUUUGGAUGCUUCACAGCCAAGACAACCUUCAUUCCGGCCCCUCCUCACCUGUCUCGCUAGCAGCGAGUGAUAUCACCGCCCUACUCCCCGGAAAUGAGGAAGACUUUGCUAAGGGCAGAGAACCUAAAUCACGGGCAGCUCUAGAAGAUACGCCGCCAGCUAUUGAGAAUCCAAGGUUGAUCUCUGACCCUAAUCGAUCGCUCUUCGCUACACUCAUCCAAACACAUUACUUCUGGGGACGGAUCUCCCGGCGAGCCGUGAGCCAUGACUCUAGUUCUCGCCCCUGGGAAACCAUGAGCGACUACGCCAAAAUCCAAAAGAGUCUUGACACAUGGGAGCAAGGUCUCCCGCGCGAUCAUGUUUGGAGCAGCUUUGCCUUGAAGGGCUACAAGACUGAGGGUCAAGAUCUGGCCUACCUCGCCGUGACCAUGGUGAUCCGGCUUUGCAAUAUCGUUAUCCGCAAGGCGUAUCUUCGCUACAUGAUAUUCCCUGACCAGUCUGAGCCCAAUCUCCGCGCCUUCUGGUCUAAUAUGGCUUUGGAAAUGUUCAAGAAUGUCCGCGAGCUGUAUGAGCAAAUCGAUACUCAAUUCAUCGAUAGGGCGCCUGAUGAGCAUCUUGGUGCCCAAAUGGCCUCUGCCCCGACCCGGCCAUUGUUCAAGAUGGGCCAAUGA